CAGCGGCUGCCCGACUGGAGGGCCCCCGGCCGGUACCGCCCCUCCUACAACCAGGGCCCGCGCUCCGUCGGCCCCGUGCUGCUGUCUCGGCUGCACCUGGACAAGAACGCAGACUCAUCCGAACGGAUCCUUACUCCCAUGCGAUGGGGUUUGGUCCCGUCUUGGUUCAAAGAGAGCGACCCCUGCAAGCUGCAGUUCAACACUGCCAACUGCCGUAGCGACACCAUGAUGGAGAAGCGGUCAUUCAAGGUGCCUCUGGGAAAGGGCAGACGCUGUGUUGUUUUGGCAGAUGGAUUCUACGAGUGGCAGCGGCAGCAGGGAGCGACCCAGCGACAGCCAUACUUCAUCUACUUCCCGCAGAUUAAGACAGAGCAGGGGUCACCGCCCGCACUCACGUCAGGGGGCAGCAGUGCUGCAGACAGUCCAGGGCACCCGGAGAAGGCCUGGGACAGCUGGAGGCUGUUGACAAUGGCUGGGAUCUUUGACUGCUGGGCGCCCCCAGAAGGCGGAGACCCCCUGUACUCCUACACCAUCAUCACUGUGGACUCCUGCAAAGGCUUGGAAGACAUCCACCACAGGAUGCCUGCCAUACUCGAUGGGGAUGAGGCCGUUUCUAAGUGGCUUGACUUUGGAGAGGUUCCGAUUCAGGAAGCACUGACACUCAUCCGCCCCACCGAGAACAUCACCUUCCACCCCGUCUCCCCCGUGGUGAACAGCGUCCGGAACAACACACCUGAGUGUCUGGCUCCUGUCAACUUGGUGGUCAGCAAGGAGUUCAAGGCAAGUGGCAGCAGCCAGACGAUGUUACAGUGGCUAGCCACGAAGUCGCCCAAAAAGGAAGACCCAAAAACACUCCAGAAGGAUGAGUUGGCUGUGCCCCACAGGUCCAGCGAGCUCCUGCAGAAGAGCCCGCUCCCCAAGAGGGGCAGUGCAGGGCUCCUGGAGCGGUGGCUGAAGCGGGGGCAGGAGGAGCCCACAGCCAAGCGACUGCACACCGAAUAACACCCGGGGCAGCGCCUGAGGUGAUGUUGCAGAUAACAGGCUCUUGAUGUGUGUGUGCACUUGCUUUGGAAUACACACUUCCAUUGCUGGCCCUGCGCCUAGCCCCCCUAGCCCCCGCCCCGUCCUGGCACAGCGGCUGGGGCUUGCCCUAGAAGCCCGACCUGCUGGGUCUGUACACCUUUUACAGCCUAGUUCUUAAAGUGUAUUUUUUCCUGAAUAAAUUAUGUUUGGUAA